AGCUAUUCGAGUCAUUGCGGAAAACGUCAAAAUGUUAAAAAAUGUUUGAAGAAUAAGCAUGGCUAAACUACUCGAAUCCAAGAUUUGAACGGAAAAAAAGUUAGAUUUUUCACCGAUUUGCGACUGCCUAAUUCAAGCGUCAAUGUCUGUGAUGUCUAUUUUCAAUUAAUUUUCCACUGAAGAAGCUAAUCAUGUUAAGUUAUUCAAUCCGCAAAUAUUAAUGAUAGCGCACAAUAUUACUCAGUCUAGUAACAAAGAGGAAAUAAUCUACGUAAUAGACGUAAACGGAAUCACAAAAUAUUGAUUGUUGCCUAUCCAAUGACAUUACAAAUGAUGUCAAGUGUGUUUUAAUUUAUCAAUAAAAACUUGCUGUUAAACCUAAACGGUGACAAAAACAAACGGAAUGAAUUUGGAUAACUCUUCAAGAGAAAAUUCAGAAGCAUUAGAUUCUAUCGGUACAGUGAGCCCUCGGGAGAAGUGUCACGGCAUGAGGGAGAAAAAGUUAUCGACAGCGUCACUCACAAACACCGAGGGGGCGCGGCCGAAGGUGGUGACUGUGAAGCACCCUGAGUCCAACAAGCCCAAGCCCACCGCCAAGAAGAACAAGCCCAUCCAAGCCGAUCUCGACGUUAUCAAAGAGUUCGUGCGAUGCCGAGAAGAGGGGGUGCGCAGACUCGAUCUCAGUAAGUCGUCUAUCACAUCUCUGCCUCCAAAUGUCCGCGACCUGACUCACCUGGUCGAGUUCUAUUUAUAUGGAAAUAAGCUGGUGGCCCUACCAGCAGAGUUUGGAUGUUUAACUAACCUUCAAACAUUAGCAUUAAAUGAGAACUCACUGACCAGCCUGCCAGAUUCCCUCGCUAAUUUACGAUGUUUGAAGGUUUUAGACUUACGUCACAACAAACUCAGUGACAUACCUGAGGUUGUGUAUAAACUUACUUCACUUACUACAUUGUUCUUACGUUUUAACAGAAUCAGAGUGGUUUGUGAUGGCAUAGCCAACCUAACAAAUCUUACUAUGUUGAGUUUAAGAGAAAAUAAAAUUAAGGAGCUAAGUUCUGGUGUUGGAAAACUUGUUAAUCUGGUCACCUUUGAUGUGUCCCACAAUCAUCUGGAGCACCUGCCCCAGGAAAUUGGGAAUUGUGUAAACUUGUCUACUCUAGACCUACAACACAAUGAUCUCCUAGAUAUACCCGAAACUAUUGGGAACCUCCAGUCACUGACGCGCUUGGGUUUGCGCUACAAUAGAUUGACAGCCAUACCUUCCACUCUAAGCAAUUGCAAACACAUGGAUGAAUUUAAUGUAGAAGGUAAUUCCAUAUCUCAACUCCCUGAAGGUCUCCUUUCCUGCCUCAAUGAACUCACCAGUAUCACUCUAUCCCGUAACUCUUUUGCUAGUUACCCUGCCGGAGGACCUGCACAGUUCACUAAUGCUUUCUCUAUUAACUUGGAACACAAUCAAAUUGAUAAAAUCCCAUAUGGUAUAUUCACAAGGGCUAAGAAUUUAACAAAGCUUAAUAUGAAAGAAAAUUUAUUGACCUCGCUGCCACUGGAUGUUGGUACAUGGGCCAACAUGGUGGAGCUCAACCUGGGCACUAAUCAGUUAACAAAGUUACCUGAUGACAUACAAUGUCUUCAGAAUUUGGAAGUGCUUAUACUCUCUAAUAAUUUGUUGAAAAGAAUUCCUCCUAGUAUUGGGAGUCUUAGAAAAUUGCGAGUUUUAGAUUUGGAGGAGAACAAACUGGAAGUGUUGCCAAAUGAAAUAGGAUUUCUCCAAGAUUUGCAAAAGUUAAUAGUACAAUCUAAUCAAUUGACAACCCUGCCUCGCUCACUUGGGCAUUUGACUAAUCUGACAUCAUUGAGUGUGGGGGAGAAUAAUUUGCAGUAUUUACCAGAAGAAAUUGGCACUCUUGAGAACCUAGAAUCGCUAUAUUUAAAUGACAAUCCCAAUUUGUGCAAUCUGCCAUUUGAACUGGCUUUAUGUGUUAGUCUACAAAUCAUGAGUAUUGAGAAUUGUCCAUUAACUGCCUUGCCCCCUGAGGUGGUGUCCUCCGGCCCGUCCCUUGUCAUCCAGUAUUUAAAGUCCCAGGGUCCAUAUAGGGCAAUGUGAUAUCAAGAUGAUUGUUUACCAGCCAGUGAGAGCACUUAAGCUUCACUUGUGUUUGAGGGGUAAACUUCCAGGCAAGUUUCAAGUAAAAUUGUAUACUCAAAAGUAAAAGUCCUUUUUAUGGUUGGAAAAACAUGUUUUAUUCCAAUAAAACAGCAACAUUAUAUGUAGUAUGAACGGUUAGGAAUUUUCCAAUAACGAUAGGUAGAAGGAAAUCAAAUUUUAUAUAACUUAAGUUACAUUUCCUUGAUAAAAUAAUUCCAAUAUGAACUAUGUAUGACUAAAUUGUUUCGAGCUUCCUUGAUAAUAACAAAUAGUUAUGUUAAGCAUUAGAUCUUCCCAAGUUACUGUUUAUUAUUUUAAUAUGUUAUACCUUUAAAAUGAUGUUGAUCAAUGUAUAUAGAUAUUGUAUUUUUUUAUUUAUAUAACUUUAAAAUGUUAUUUGUCCAAGCAAACAAACAUUUAUAUAUGUAUAAUUUAUGUAAUUGCAAAUGAAAUUUCUUCUUACAUAUUAUCAUUAUGUAAGUAAGCACAAAUAUUAGUUUCAAUCAAUUUAUAAUUAUAAACCAGCAAGCAAAUAUCAAAUUAAUUAUUAACAUGCUGCGAAAACUCAAAAUAAUUUUAUUCUUUUUCUACAGGGCUAAACACUUUUUGUGUAUAUGAAGUUUUGUAGCAUUUUAACAUCAUGAUGUCAGCAUCUGCAAAUAGUUCGUGAAAGUAUGUUAAUAAUGUGAUGAGUCAUGCAUAAUUGUGAGGUUCUAAUUGAUCUUCCCUUAGUAAUAUGUUGUAACCAGCUGGAUCUCAACACUUUGUCAUGUGUAGCAUAAGUUUGUGAAGAUCAUUUUGUUUACUGAUAGAAGUACAUAUUAAGUGUCAUAGUAGAACUUGCUCAUGUUUGUAUAGCUAUCUUUGAUGUUAUUUCGAUAGUACUGUCUAUAUUCAACAGCAUUUGAAUUAGUUUAAGCUCCCUUGGUAUGAUAAUAGCAGGAAAUGAGCUUGUUUAUUUAAAUAUUAUCUUUAUACUAAGUUAGUGGAGGUAUUUAUUGAUUUUUUGACACAAUUUAUUUAUUGUGAAGUUGUGUACUAUGAUAAAUGUUGAUAGGUGUGCUGUCCUAUAUUAAUGCAUUUAUUUUCUUAUUAAUUAUAGUAAAUACUACUUUAAUAUAGAUGUGUAUAUGACAUUUUGUUAAGAAUAAAUGUGUAUUUCAUAUGAUUUGUGUAAUUGUUAGAUGGGAUAUGUUUUAUUCUCACAUCACAAUGUUUUAUUUGCUAUUAUAUUUACCAGCUUUACUGGCUCUAUUGUCCAGAGCGUGAAUGCGCACAUGUUAUGGUAAGACUUUUAAAAUAAAUUAUAGUUGUGCAUUUGGUCACAUCAUGCUUUAAUUUCAAUAAUUUACUAUGUUAGAUACCUAUGAUAUAAUUUUUGUACUAGUCAAUGAGUUUUUGGUCUACAAAAAAUAUAAAAUUAUUUUACUACUAGGUACUCUGAAAACUAUAAUGGUCAUAACUAAUAAGUAAUGAUAUGAAAAAGCAUGUUUGUGUACUGUACAGUUAGCUGGAGAAGAAAGUACCAUCAGCACCGUUUUGGCUCUAGAAGAGUCUGCACAGUGUAGGUACCUUAUUCCGUGGCAAUAGAGUUGAAAUUUGAAAUUGUUGUCGUCGAUGUACCAAUGUUGUAGACACUAGGGGAGGUUUACUUUAAACGAAGAACGACCUUUUUAUAGGUUGUCAAAUUUUUAUAGGCCCACGGCACCUAUAUUCUUAAACUGCCACCACUGUUAAAGUAAUGCCAAAAAUUGUCUUUGUCGCAUUUGCGCCAAUACGGGUUGCGCCUCUUCAUCUCUUGGAUUUAUAUACUAAGAAAGGAUGCAACAUGAGUAUUUGUUUGGGCAUAUGGGGUGAAGAAUAGUGUCGCUAUAAACGUACCCUAAUCGUUUUGUGUUCUCAUGUCCCGUCCUCAAAAAACAAGAUGGGAAAUAGAACCUAAGGAUUUAGUUACCCGAUAAUUGUUCUCUUAAAUUGUGCUCUAAUUGCAUUUAAAGCAUUAUUUUUAUUCCUAUUGGGUCUAGCAAUUACAAGCAUGACAUUGCUGUGAGGCUAUUUGUUUUUUAAUCUUUAAAAUGUACCUAUAACCAAUAUAAUCCAAUGCAAUUAUAAUUAAAACAUCAUACUUUGAUGAAGACCGAGAUACUGACUUCCGGUAGUAAAAUGUUAGUGGAAUGUAUAUUCUCUGGAUGUUUAAGACAGUAAAUGUUUACAUUUAAUAAUAAGACAAUUAAGAUUUCAUGACAUACAUAAUUUUGCUUUACAAAAUUUUAUUAGGGAAGUGCCCUGUUACAAAGAAUUUGAAGAGUCUUCAAAUAAAACUUGUUCUAAUAAUGUUGAUCCGUGUGUAGGUAACAAUGUUUUGAAUUUAUGUAAACAUGAUUAUAUUAUAUGAAAUAAAAUAUGAUUAUA